AUGGAACGUAAGCUCCAAUUGGAGGAAUUAGAAUGCCUUAGGUUGGAAGCAUACGAGAAUGCUCAGUUUUAUAAAGAAAAAGCUACGACAUUCCAUGACCAGAAUAUUAGAAGGAAAAGCUUCAAGAUAGGUGAUGAAGUACUUGUGUACAAUUCAAGGUUGCGAUUGAUGCCCGAAAAAUUGAGAUCUAGGUGGGACGGGCCGUUUAAAGUGGUAGAUGUCAAGCCUUAUGGAGUCGUGGAAGUGAUUCACCCUAUCAAUGGAGUUAAGUUCAAAAUCAAUGGUCAUAGGGUGAAACUUUAUCACACUCAACCAAAGAAUUCCAAGGAGUUGGAGAUUUUCCUCCUUGGAGAAGUUUCUAAGUGA